CCACACUCCUCUCAGUGACUCCAGUGGACAUGAGACAGGUCCCAAAAUGUGACUUCAGAGUCAGCCAGACUGAAGGCAUGGCCCUGAGCAGACUAGAAAUGCUGCCCCAGAGGUGGGAAGGCCAUGAGCUGAGGUGUGGCUGAGAAGAUGAUCUUGAGGGAUGGUGCCCAGGCAGUGACAGCCAGUCCUUGGAGACAUGAGGCCUCCACUGGCUGGCGAGGGAGCCACGUGAGUGGGGCCCUCCUCUUCGCCCUGGGCCAGACGGCUCUCAGGCCCCUUCUCUGGGUUCUGCCUCUGCAGAAAUGCUUCGAGGCCCUGGCUAAGCGGACAGAGCAGCAGAGUGCAGACCUCUUCAGCUACUUCCAGGAGGCCGUGCGGCUGUGGGAGGCACAUCAGAGCAUGCUGUCGGUGCAGGAGCUGGAGCUGGAGAAGAGGAUGGAGCAGCAGCGGCAGAAGCACAGCCUGGGGAACCAGGCCCAGGAGGCCCACCUUGACAAGCUCUUGGACCAACUGAGGCAGCAAAGCCAUGAGGAAACACUGAAGCUUCACCUGGAAAAGGCCAAAGAUUUUCUGGAGAAUAUGAAAUGCAGCUGAUUCUGUAAGGACCUUUUGCAGACAUGGAAUUGCACUGCCGGUUGACUGCAGCGCUUAGAUUCAAAAGUAUAACUUGAGGCAAAUAAGG